AUGAACGCCUUGGACAAGAAGACGGAGAAGCGUGGCCUGUACGGCCUCGGCUACGGCCUGCCCUUCGGCCCCUACCCUUACGCGCCGCUGCUGACCCCAGCCCACGGACCCCUCUCCGGGCCGGGGCCUCUGCCGGGGCCGCUGCCCGGGCCUCUGCCGGACCAUUACGGGCCUCUGCCUGGCCCACUCCCUGGGCCUCUGCCGGGGCCGCUUCCCGGACCAGGGCCGCUGCCAGGACCCUACCUGGACCACGGUCACGUCAAGACCAUCACCAUCACCAAGGCCGUGCCGUACCCCGUGCCGCAGCCCUACCCAGUGACGGUGGAGAAGCGCGUGCCGUACCCUGUGAAGGUGCCCGUGGCGGUGCCGGUGGACCGGCCCUACGCCGUCGCCGUGCCCAAGCCCUACCCCGUGCACGUGGACCGGCCCGUGCCCUACCCGGUGGAGAAGCCCGUGCCUUACCCCGUCAAGGUGGCCGUCAGGGUGCCCGUGCCGCACCCCGUGCCCGUGGAGGUGCCCAAGCCGUACCCGGUGCCCGUGGCGGUGCCCAAGCCCUACGCCGUGCCGCACCCCGUGCCGGUGUACGCCCCGCUGCCGCCGCCCGCCCCCGUGCACCCCGAGCCCCUGCCCGGGCCGCUGCCGGCCCACCCCUACGGGCCGGGCCCGGACCCCUACCUGUCGCACUCGUACGCGUACCAGCACUGA